CCGAUGCAUGGCGCAAUAUUCAACAGAAUAUGAAAAUGAUUUAUUCUAUUGAGGAAUUAAAAAAGAAAGAGAAACGCUCAUUGAUGAGCACAUAUCGCCUAUAUCGAAAGAAAAUUUUGGACUCUACUCGUUCUGGGUCAUCGGUGGAUGAUAUUUUUAAACCGAAUUGGUUCGCCUAUGAUCUAAUGGACAGCUUUCUUGCUCCGAUUUAUGAUAAAACAGAUACAUACACGAUUAAUACAGAGAGUAUGAAGUUUCCUGACGAGGACAGCACUCAAAAUAAUUUGUCAGCUGGCGAUACUUCCACACCAUCAGUUAAAAAACGCAGAGAAUCUGAAAUUUCUGAAGUACGAGCUCAAAUGAAGACAGCUGUAAAUGUCCUUAAAAAUAUCUCAGAUCGACCGCGCGUUGAAGUGGAUGAGGUAGAUUUAUAUUGUCAACUACUGGCCAAAAAGACUAAAAAAAUUUAAUGAGCCACAAAGGGAGAUAAUAAUGCAUGAUAUAGAUGAACUAAUUUAAUAUCAGUAGCCCUUCUAGCUGCAGCACAUACUCGUACGCAAGAUGUACCCCGGAUUCCUUGGCACCUACACCAU